AUGAAUAUAGUGAAGUUAGCUGUCAACACUGAUACCAAUGGCAAAGGCUGCAUAUGCGCUAUAGCGCGCCAAAUUCAAUUGCGCGAACGAGUAUGGCUCAGACAUGGUGCGUUUGUUUAUUGCACGACCAAACUAACAUCACACUCGAUUUGUUUGCAACGAAGCGAUAUCAUCGAGUAUUUGUUAGAACUGUAUGUUGAUCCAAAGACAAAUUGGUGCGCGUUCAGUGACUCUUUGCAUGGCUACCAACCGAAUCGAAACCAACAGAAUAUUGCGUUUAAGGAAUUGGCGGGAGACGUUCGAAACUCAAGCUCGAAGAUGUUUACGGCAGCGAUGGAAAUCUCGCACCAUUCAAUUGAUUGGUUUCUGGUACAAGACAAAGAAGUGACGUACGUUGUUGCAGUCUCGACGUUUGGAAUUUUAGCAAUAUGGCUCUAACGGAAAAAAUUGCUUAGCCAAGGGCCAUU